AAGGAAGGUGAAAAGUGUUGUGUCGUGGUACUGCGUUGUUGUGAGACGAGUCGUGUUGAAGUGUUGUUUGUUGUCAAGCGUUUUGUGUGUUGGUUUGUUUUCUGUGGUGAAAUUACAUAAUUUUUUCGGAUGAAGAUCAUGAAGCUAAAGAAGGGUUCAAGAUGUAUGGCCAAAUGGCUAAAUACUCAUUUCUACUAUUGGUGCACUAUAAUUGAACCAGUUGGUGAGGAGUGGAAAGUUAAAUUUGAUGAUGGAACAGUUGCUGUAGUUAAAGCAAAAGAUUUGCAUGAAACAUCACCAGCACAUGCACGCAACCCAGUUCGUAUAGUCACACGUAGCACAUCUAGCAAAAAUCGGAAGAGACCUGAAGAGAUACGAAAAUCUCCAGCUAGAAAGGUCCGUAAACUGUUUACUGAAGAAGAGAACAUCAGAUUGGGUGCCAAAUUAAGCGAUGUAAAAGAAAAUACUACUGCAGCUGAGAAAGAGUCCAUAAUUGAGUCAGAUCUGAUGGAGGGUCUGAAGGACAAGGAGUCACAUGAAAAUUUGACAGGUGCUGCAGAUGUCCAGCCAUCUUUGCGUGAAAAAAGUGUGUCAAAAGAGAUUGAAAAUCUGACACAAAGUGUUGCAGAUGUCCACCCAUCUUCACGUGAAAGAUCAGUUAGUGUGUCAAAAGAAGCUGAAGAUGUGAAAUACAGGCCUAGUGUUGCAGAUGUCCACCCAUCUUCACGUGAAAGAUCAGUUAGUGUGUCAAAAGAAGCUGAAGAUGUGAAAUACAGGCCUAGUGUUGCAGAUGUCCACCCAUCUUCACGUGAAAGAUCAGUUAGUGUGUCAAAAGAAGCUGAAGAUGUGAAAUACAGGCCUAGUGUUGCAGAUGUCCACCCAUCUUCACGUGAAAGAUCAGUUAGUGUGUCAAAAGAAGCUGAAGAUGUGAAAUACAGGCCUAGUGUUGCAGAUGUCCACCCAUCUUCACGUGAAAGAUCAGUUAGUGUGUCAAAAGAAGCUGAAGAUGUGAAAUACAGGCCUAGUAAGUUUUAUACCUGAGAGUAUUUUAUGAUCUGUAACUGUCACUUUGCAAGCAGAGAUGGACUAGAAA